AUGUCAAAAGCACCUUUUGAGAACACAUGGUACCACCGAAAGGUUGCAGAAAGUGCGUCGAAACCCUGCAACAUCUGCUUCAAACCGACAUCGAGUGUUCUGAUAACACCAAACAAUAAGGACUUCUUCUACGUAUGUAUCGGUCAUCUGUCUGAUCGAGGCUUCUGUCAGCCAGAUGCGGAUGAAGCCGCAGGGAUAGCUGAGCGCAAGAAGAAGGAGGAAAUGGAUCGCGAGAUUGAGAAAGUCAAGAAAGAAUACGAAGAGAAGCAAAGACUCAAGAAAGAGAAGCGAAAAGCAAAAGACAAAGAGAAGGAUAAAGAGACCAAGUCAAACGAGGAGGAAGAGGACAAAAAAGACGAGAAAGCCAAGGAAGAGAAGAUCAAAGAGCUUACUCAAUCGAGCGGCAAUACGACCACCGAGUCUGGUGCCCGGAUAUAUCACCUCAGCAAAUCCUUUUACCAAAUGCGCCUCGACAGACUGCGUAACGCGGAAAUUGCAAAGCGCAACCGCGAGCGCCUACAUAAUCCCGCCAACUUCCCCUCCGUUCCGAACAACCUACCUUGA